AUGGCUACUCAAUCAAUUUUUCAAUAUAUUUGUCAACAGGUGGUUAUUUAUAUAGGUUUAUUUCUCUUUAUAGCUGGUCUUAUAAGUGGACUAUUAACUCUACUUGUAUUUCUUAGUCUUCGAACUUUUCGACAAAAAUCAUGUGCAUUCUAUUUAACUAUUAUGUCAUUAGUUAAUACUUUUCAUUUAUUUACUGGUUUAUUUACUUAUAUUAUGAUUAAUGGUUUUGGAAUUAAUUGGUUAAAUAUGUCAUUAUUUUAUUGUAAAUUUCGUCCAUUUUAUGUACAAUUAUGUACAUUAAUUUCUUUUUCAUGUAUGUGUUUGGCAACUAUUGAUCAAUUUUUCGCUACUUGUUCUUAUAUUCGUUGGCAACGAUUAUCUAAUAUUAAAUUAGCUCGUUAUAUAUUGAUAGUAGUUACUCUAGCUGCUAUAUUACAUGGAAUUCCAAGUAUAUUCUCUUAUGGUCAUAUUUCAUCACCAACAACCGGUGAAAACAAUUGUAUAAUUAUGAAUACUGCUUUUCGAAAAUAUUAUUAUUAUUUUUAUGUACCUGUUCUACAAAGUACUUUACCUAUUAGUAUUAUGAUUUUAUUUGGAAUUUUGGCAUAUAGAAAUGUUCAACAAAUAGCUUUUCGAACAAUUCCAUUAGUUCGACGAGAAUUGGACAAACAAUUAACUACUAUGGUCCUUGUACAAAUCUUUUAUGAUGCUAUUGUUGUUACACCAUCCGUGUUUAUUAAUAUAAUUAUGACUAUUUAUGGCUCUACAAGUAAUUCGUUAUUAGCAGCACAACUAAACUCAAUUAGUGUAUUAGGUAUAAUCUUGUAUUACUUUCAUUAUGCGGGUUCAUUUUAUAUUUAUGUUAGUGUAUCAAAACGAUUUCGUCAACAAUUUCUCUAUGUUUUAUCUACAAUUCAUGUCACACAAUGUUGCCGUCUAACAAUAAAUAAUAAUCAAAUACAAACAGAAAUAUCAUAA